AUGAAGACGCCCUUCCGAUCCCAGAACACAGCGACCUCGAGGCCCUCAACAAGCUUGUCACAGCACACCACUUCUCAUUACCAGCAUAGCGCAACUCCAGGGCGACGUUCACGGGCAGCGUCGUCCGUCUGGGGUGGCGAGCAGCACCAGGUAAUUUGCGCGAUCAGCGAAUCCCGCGGCAUUUCUCCGACAGUUGGCCUGGCCCUCGUCAACAUUUCGACGAACGAGGCCAUCUUGAGCCAGAUUUGUGACACUCAAUUCUUCUUCAAGACCAUUACAAAGCUCCAAGUUUACCAUCCUUGCAAUAUUCUCAUGUGCGACACGUCCUCUACCCGCGCCCAACGAUCGAGGUUGCUUUCUGUCCUUGAACAUGACGAUCAGCUGCAUAAUGUGCAGGUCCACUACCUGGAUCGAGAGUACUGGUCCGAGACAGCGGGUGUCGAGUACAUUCAGACUCUUGCAUUCAAAGCCGAUCUCGAAGCCAUCAAGGUCGCGAUUCAGGGUCACUUCUUCGCGACCUGCGCCUUCGCAGCGGUGAUAAAAUUUGUUGAGGCGUCCUGCCAAUUGUCCAUCGCGUCCCACACCCUCAGAGUCAGAUAUCAGCCGUCGGAACACACCAUGAUGAUUGACGCCUCGACGAUUCACUCCUUAGAGCUUAUACAGAACCUACACAACCCGAAGUCCAAGGACUCACUAUUCGGGCUAUUGAACGAAACAGUCACGCCCAUGGGGUCUCGGUUGUUACGCAGCACAAUACUUCAGCCAUCGACACAAGUUGAGAGUGUCCUGAAUCCGCGAUACGAGGCAGUACAGGAACUGGCCAUGAAAGAGGACGUAUUCUUUGAAGUGAGAAAGGCAUUGAAAGGCUUCAUUGACGUUGAGAAGCUUCUCACAUCGCUAGUGAUUGUGCCACACGAGCCAUGCAUUGCCGCCUCCGAAAUGGCAAUCGACAACGUGCUUGCCAUCAAAUCAUUCAUUAUGGCUGUCGGCCCGCUCUACGAAUCGCUCAUGGCUGUCCGUUCGAGCUUACUUGUCCGAAUUCGUGAUCUCUGCCGACCCGAAAUGGUGCAUCCGGUGAUAGAAUUGAUACGAGAAACCAUCAAUGAUGAUGUGAUCUCCAUGAAAACGCCAAUUGAUCGCCGUAAUCAAAGAAGUUAUGCUGUCCGGACUGGCGUUAACGGACUCCUGGAUGUCGCGCGCCAAACCUACAAGGAAGGCACAGAGGAUAUCUACCAGCUGGUUGAUGAGAUCAACAACACCCACGAGACAGACGCAGAGGUCAAAUUCGAUGACCGUCGCGGCUUCUGGCUUCGCCUGCGCCGAGCAGACUUUGACGACAAGCCAAUUCCGGAUGUGCUCAUCAACAUGACAACCAAAGGGCCCUGGAUCGAAUGUCAAACCAUGUCUUUGGUGCAAUUGAGCAAUCGUGUUGCAGAUUCGCACAGCGAAAUAGUCAUUCUCAGUGACAGGCUCAUCCAAGAACUAAUCAACAAGAUCCUUGAGCACGUCCCGAGCCUGUUCCGUAUCUGUGAAGGCAUCUCACUCCUGGACAUGCUCGCGGCGUUCUGCCAAACAGCUGCAGCCAGAGACUAUGCACGGCCUGAGAUGAGUGAUACAUUGGCGCUGAAGCAUGCACGGCAUCCUAUCUGCGAGCGCGUACACCCGGACAGAUUUGUCCCGAACGACGUGUUCGCCAACCAGCAGCACCGCUUCCAGAUCAUUACUGGAUGUAACAUGAGCGGCAAGAGCACUUAUAUCAGAAUGGUAGCCCUGAUACAAGUGAUGGCACAGAUGGGAUCGUUUGUGCCUGCUGAAUAUGCUGCUGUUCCCAUCGUCCACCAACUCUUCGUUCGCAUGUCGACUGACGACAGUAUUGAGGCCAACAUGUCGACAUUUUCUCUGGAAAUGCGAGAAAUGGCAUUCAUACUGAGGAAUGUCGACCAAUCCACUUUGGCAAUCAUUGAUGAGCUGGGACGUGGAACGAGCACUCGCGAUGGCCUCGCCAUUGCCGUUGCAAUCUCAGAGGCACUACUACAGAGCGGCUCCACAGUCUGGUUCGCGACUCACUUCCAACAGUUGGCUCGAAUCCUCGGGAGUCGUCCAGGCGUCUUGAACUUGCAUCUUGGUACUAAAGUGGAGGAUAUGUCCAAGGAGCAGGCGAAGAUGACCAUGCUUUACAAGGUCAACUCGGGUCCUGUUCAAGUGACAAGAUAUGGUCUCAAUCUGGCACGAGCGAUCGGAUUGCCACAAAGAUUCGUCGAUGUUGCCGACACUGUGGCACAGCAGCUUGAAGCCGAGAGCACAAGUAGAAAGCAGCAAUGCGAAUCGCAGAAACUUUCUAAACGACGACGACUGAUCCUGAAUCUUCAUGAGACUCUUUCUCAGCUUCGGACUACGGAUAUGGACGGAGAUGCGUUGCGAAGCUACCUUGAAGGACUUCAGGAAGCCUUUGUGCUCAGGAUGGAGGCCAUCAAUUCAAAUGGACAUUCAGAGAGUUGA